AUGUCAAGGUUGCUGUGUGGACAUCUGAAGCCACAUCUGUGGCUGCUCCUCGUCAUAACAAGUUUGUGUUCUUCAUCUGUUGGUACAGAGACAACCUUAUCAACGGAUGCCAGCUCAACAGUUACACAGACAAACACACAACUUCAUGGACACCAGUCACCAGAUGAGGCUACGCCAGCCUCAGGAGCAGCAGCAUCAGCCGUGGACGCCAGCAGUUGGAUAGCAAUGGCAACAGCCGGUACUGCAAGCACUGUGUCAGCCAGUACUAUCACUGUCUCUGCAACUUCUAGCCCCAUCUCUGCUACUUUGAGCACUGACUCGGCAACUUCUAGCACUAUCUUGGCCAGCCCCAGCACUAUCUCCGCUAGUCCAGGUACCUUCUCGGCUACUCUCAGCACUAUCUUGGCUACUUUCAGCACCUCAGUUAGAAACGAACAGUCAACGUCUGAAGCCACAGCAAGCAGCAGGUCGCUGGCAUCUAGUAGUUCAGCAUCUCCCACAAAUUUGUCAGCAUUGACCGCAUCUUCGACCCAAGGGCACACACAGUCUACUGGGACGUCCACUGAAGCUGUCUCACAACACGCGGAGACCUCGGCUCAAACAGAACCUACACCGGAUACUGCAACAACUUCAGGUCAGCUCACUUCUACUACCGAAACAAAUGCGUCCCGAUCAGACACAACGAAUUCCAUGUUUUCUACAGCUGAACAACUACUUACAACUGAAACAACAAAAAGUGAUUCUGGAACAACUUCAGAAGUUAGCCCCAUCAGCAAAACAACAACAAAUACACCAACAAUAAGCAACUGCUCCACGUGGACACAUGUGGAUACAACAGAGACAGCACGAAACAGCACCACAGAGGAACCCAUCUCAACGGAUCCUUCUGGACAAAGUGAGGCCAGCUCAGCUUAUGGACUGUCACCUGAGGCUGAAAUAGCCAUCAUUGUGGUCACUUCAGCAGUUGCUGCAGCAGCCAUCGUCCUGUCCAUUGUCUGUUUCCUCAGGAGAACUCGCCAGGCCAGAAAGUCCAGGGGUUAUUUAACGGACGCUGAUUUUGUAACCAACAGCGUUUCUAUCGGUGAUUUUACCUUGCACAGUUUAGACUUGGACCAAUGA